UAUGUUUUAGAUACCACUACAUCCAUGGAUACAAUUCGCUUGAAUAACACUACGUAUCUGUAGCAGUCACACAAUCUUAUCGCAUGUGAAAGCAAGCAAACGUUGGUCACUUACACUUAACGACUUCUUAAGGGACUGGAGAGAUCCCCACGGUAGAGUCCAAAACCAGAGAGGCUGCUCUCGUGACAAUGAGACCCUCCCCUCGUUUGCUCCUGGCGUCGGCCAUGGCCUCCGUGAAGGUCAUGUCGCCGGGCCCGAUGGCUCUCCUUCCGCCGAUUUACCUGUACCGCCGCAUCCUCCGGGCCCAUAGGAAACACCUCCCGUCGGAAAUGCGACUUCUUGGCGACGAAUACGUUAAGGCAGAGUUCAGGGCCCAUCGAACAGUCGAAAACCCAGUUCACUUGAUCGGGUUCCUCACGGAAUGGCAGCUCUAUGCCCAAAAGAUCGAAGGAGAUUCGUGGGCAGGUGAGAAGCUUGACCCGGGAAAGGUUGAGAAGAUGAGUGAUGAGCAACUUGCACAGCUGUACGAGCUGAUGAAGGCAAUACAAAAAAGCGGAACGGAAGGCCAGAACUCAGGGUCAUGACCAGACGGCUGGAUGAGAAGAUGCAUCAUGCUCAGUGAAUUGAGACAUGGAGGCCACAUGUAAUGGUGCUUAAGGCACGAUCCAGCUGUAUUUCGCCACUAGUUGGUUCGGAGACGAACUUAACCAGGUCGUUGGCA